AGAUAUUAGUCGGAAUAAGUAAACAAAUAACGCCGGUAUUCUCAGAGGGUGCGAUCGGGAUGCCGGGGAGGCAGGUGAACCACCACGACGCCGCGCUGAUGGUACCGACGCACCAUCCGCCGGAGUCGGAAUCGGAGUCGGAGGAGUCAUGGCUGUGGGCGAAGAUUAAGGCGGAGGCGCACCGCGACGCGGAAUCGGAGCCGGCCCUAGCGAGCUUCCUGUACGCCACCGUCCUCUCCCACCCCUCCCUCGCCCGGUCCCUCGCCUUCCAUCUCGCCAAUAAGCUCUGCUCCUCCACUCUUCUUUCCAACCUGCUCUACGAUCUCUUCCUCCACUCCUUAUCCUCCUCCCCCUCCCUUAUCUCCGCCGUCGUCGCCGACCUUGUCGCCGCCCACCAACGUGACCCCGCCUGCGCCUCCUACUCCCACUGCCUCCUCAACUACAAGGGCUUCCUCGCCGUCCAGGCCCACCGCGUCUCCCACCUCCUCUGGACCCAGAGCCGCCGCCCUCUCGCCCUUGCACUACAGUCCCGGAUCGCAGACGUCUUCGCAGUCGACAUCCACCCCGCCGCCCGGAUCGGUAAAGGCAUCCUCCUGGACCACGCCACCGGCGUCGUGGUCGGCGAGACCGCCGUCAUCGGCAACAACGUCUCCAUCCUCCACCACGUCACGCUCGGCGGCACCGGCAAGGCCGUCGGGGACCGGCACCCCAAGAUCGGCGACGGCGUUCUUAUCGGCGCUGGCGCCACAAUACUCGGGAACAUCCGCAUCGGCGAGGGGGCCAAAAUCGGGGCCGGAUCCGUGGUUCUCAUCGAUGUGCCGCCGAGGACCACCGCCGUGGGAAACCCUGCACGGCUCGUCGGCGGGAAGGGCAAGCCCUCAAGGCACGAAGACCUACCCAGUGAAUCAAUGGAUCACACUUCUUUCAUCCAGGAGUGGUCGGACUACAUUAUCUGAUCUCCAUGGUUCUGCUCCUUUUCUCUCCCAGUCGUUUGUUAUGCUACUUAGCCAUAGUGGCAAUAAGGCUUGCCUUCAGAUCUCUCCGCGCCAUCGAUCGCCUCCACCUAGUCACCUCCCACGGCAAGCUCUCCGCGCACCACUGCUUUCCCCGAG